UCGACCUGCGCGCAGCUGUUUUCCUUUAAUGAUCACUCCGCUCUUUCCCCCCCUCUGCUGCCAAACACCAGGAGCUUCAGAUGUAAAACAAAGAGAAGAAAGAGGAGGUGGAGUGAGUGAGGGAGUGAGAGAGAAAUAAAUAGAAACGCGCAGCCCAGCGCCUCCAACUAUGGCUCCAACGGUGAUCAUCAGAGAACUCGCCCAGUCCGCCUCCAAGCAGCGGGCUGACUCGCAGGAUGAGCGCCGCGCUGCGCUCCUCCGGGUGUGAGAGAAGCAUCGGCGGACCAGAGACGGACAGCCGCCCCGCUCCCGGCCUGGAGGCUGGAAGCCGCUCGAUCCUCCGCGCGUUACAGCGCGCCUUCUUUCCAGAACUCUCAGAUUUUUUUUAAAUUAUAUAUAUAUAUAUUUAUUUUUUUUUUACUCCCAAAACAUUCAGGAGUCAGAGCCCACCUGAACACCCGGGAAACUUUGCCUCCCUUCUCCUCCCAUCCAGAUCGGCUGCCAGUGUGGAGGGGAGCGCAGUGAGCAUCGCGCGCUCAGCGGGGCUUGAAGAGCCAAACUCGGUGUGAUCUUAUCCAAAGAACCCGGAAAGUCUUUAAAAGUCCCGGCGGCCACCGCUGCGAAGAUGCCGGUCCGGAGGGGCCAUGUGGCCCCGCAGAACACCUUCCUGGAUACUAUCAUCAGGAAAUUUGACAGUCAAAGUCGGAAGUUUGUCAUCGCCAACGCCAGAGUGGAGAACUGCGCCAUCAUCUUCUGCAAUGACGGCUUCUGCCACCUGUGCGGCUACAGCCGAGCCGAGAUCAUGCAGAAGCCUUGCACGUGUAACUUCCUGUACGGGCCGGACACCAAGAGGCUGGCCAUCGCCCAGAUGGCGCAGGCCCUGCUGGGCUCUGAGGAGAGGAAAGUGGAGAUCAACCUGUACAGGAAAGACGGCCAGUGCUUCCUGUGCAUGGUGGACGUGGUGCCGGUGAAGAACGAGGAUGGUGUGGUGAUCAUGUUCAUCCUGAACUUCGAGGUCAUGACUGAAGAAGCAUUGAAGGACCAUAAACGGGAGCUGAACCACCGCCUGCCCACCUGGCUUGUUACAGGUCGCCCACGAGGCUUCAAGCUGCGUUUCCCCCAGCUCCGCUCCCUGUCCAACAGCAAGGCAUCGCUGGACGACGCGGAGGCCGGCCACAUCCCCACAGCCACGCCCCUGCCGCUGCAUCCGGACCACAGUCCCGAGUGUCUUGGUCUGGGCGAGUUCCUGCCCCUGCCUCUCUUACCCCCAGAUCACCAGGAGCAGCUGAGUGGAAGCAGGUCGGCUCUACAGAAGUGGCCGGGGGAUCGCCAGGAGGACCAACGCACCCUCCUGUGUUCGGAGACCCCUAUUCCCUUCCCCAGGCUGCCUCCCCAAGUAGCCCACCUGGUUGGGCCCCUCAACCAGUCGACCCCCUGCGUCGUGGCCCGCCACCGCCUCAGCCUUAACCCGGACGCCUCGUGCUCCAAUUGCUCCCUGACGCACAGCCGCUCGCGGGAAAGCUUCCACAGCAUGCGGCGCGCCUCCUCCGUGGACGAGAUUGAGGCCCUGAGGUCCGAGUGGGACCGGAAGAACCGGAGGGCCAGCGUCCGGCCGUCCAGCAGCAGCACUGGUGCAGUAAAUAGUAAGUCUAACAUACUGAACUCCACUUCGGACUCGGACCUCAUGCGGUACCGUACGAUAUCCAAAAUCCCCCACAUCACCCUCAACUUUGUGGAUUUCAAACCGGACCCCCUCAUCGCCCUUCCCUCUGGAGAGAUGGACAUCAUAGCCCCCUGCAAGCUCAUUGACAGGACUCACAACGUCACCGAGAAGGUCACACAGGUGUUGUCUCUGGGUGCAGAUGUGUUGCCAGAGUACAAGCUUCAAGCUCCUCGCAUCCACAAGUGGACCGUGUUGCACUACAGUCCCUUCAAGGCAGUGUGGGACUGGCUCAUCCUGCUGCUGGUCAUCUACACCGCCAUCCUGACCCCCUACUCAGCCGCCUUCCUCCUCAACGACCACGAAGAGGUGGCCAAGCAGAACUGCGGUUACUCCUGCUCUCCUCUCAAUGUGGUGGACCUCAUAGUCGACAUCAUGUUCAUCAUUGACAUCCUGAUCAACUUCAGGACAACAUAUGUGAACACUAAUGAUGAAGUGGUGAGUCACCCGGUCCGUAUCGCCGUUCACUACUUCAAAGGCUGGUUCCUCAUCGACAUGGUUGCUGCUAUUCCCUUUGACCUGCUCAUCUACCGCAACGGAGAGGAGACCACCACCCUGAUUGGCCUGCUGAAAACCGCUCGUCUCCUGCGAUUGGUUCGCGUAGCCAGGAAGUUGGACCGCUACUCAGAGUACGGAGCGGCUGUCCUCUUCCUCCUCAUGUGCACCUUCGCCCUCAUCGCUCACUGGCUGGCCUGCAUCUGGUAUGCAAUUGGUAGUGUGGAGCGGAACGGUUCUAUAGGUUGGCUCCACACCCUGGGGGACCAGCUGGGAAAACACUUCAAUGAAUCCGUCCCAGGUUCAGGACCCUCUAUCAAAGACAAGUAUGUCACAGCUCUUUACUUCACAUUCAGCAGUCUGACCAGUGUGGGUUUUGGAAAUGUGUCACCCAACACCAACUCUGAGAAGAUCUUCUCCAUCUGUGUUAUGCUCAUCGGAUCCCUGAUGUACGCCAGCAUCUUUGGGAAUGUGUCAGCCAUCAUCCAGCGGCUCUACUCGGGGACGGCCCGCUACCACACCCAGAUGCUGAGAGUCAGGGAGUUCAUCCGCUUUCACCAAAUCCCCAACCCUCUCCGGCAGAGGCUGGAGGAGUACUUUCAGCACGCCUGGUCCUACACCAACGGCAUCGACAUGAACGCCGUCCUCAAAGGGUUCCCAGAGUGUCUUCAGGCAGACAUCUGCCUCCACCUGAACCGAACGCUGCUGCAGAACUGUAAGGCCUUUAAAGGCUCCACUAAGGGCUGCCUCCGGGCGCUGGCCAUGAAGUUUAAGACCACCCACGCCCCGCCCGGCGACACGCUGGUCCACGCCGGGGACGUCCUCACUGCCAUCUACUUCAUAUCCAGGGGCUCCAUAGAGAUACUGAGAGGAGACGUGGUGGUAGCCAUCUUGGGGAAGAACGACAUAUUCGGCGAGCCCAUCAACCUGUACCCCCGCCCGGGGAAAUCCAACGCUGACGUGAGAGCGCUGACGUACUGCGACCUCCAUAAGAUCCUGAGGGAAGACGUUCUGGAGGUGCUGGACAUGUAUCCGGAGUUCGCCGAGCAUUUCUGGAACAACCUGGAAAUCACCUUCAACCUCAGAGACACCAACAUGAUCCCCGGCUCUCCCAGCAGCGACGACUCCGCCGGCGGGGGGUUCAACAAACUGCGGAGACGGAAGCUGUCAUUUCGAAGACGCACGGAAAAAGACGACGCCGACGCCGGAGAAUAUAAAAAAUCCCACAAAUCGUCACGGCGAAGACAGAGGGAUGCGGUCAGCAGCCAGAGGGAGAAGGAGGAGGCAGCCAAGAGGCAGUGGGAGGGGCAUCGCAGCUCCGUGUCUUCUCACUCCAGUGGUGACGAGGGGGAGGAGCCUGUUCUGACCGGCCUCGCCCCCCCGCCCACACUGCUGGAGCCCCCGAAGGCUCAGGCCCCGCCCCGGAGCUUCAGUGAGACCACAGAGCCAGAGGGGGACCCUAAGACUGGAAACACCUGCAACGCCCUUUCAGGCGUGUCCAACAUCUUCAGCUUCUGGGGAGAGAGUCGAGGAGGCGGUCAGUACCAGGAGGUGCCCAGCUGCAGCCUGGCCUCCCCCCCGCCUCUCAACACGCCGCUGCACAGCCUGAGCCGCCAGCAGCGCAGCCAGCUGGACGCACGUCUGGACCUGCUGCAGAAACAGCUCAACAGGUUGGAGAGCCGCAUGUCAGCGGACAUUGGUGUGAUCAUGCAGCUCCUGCAGAGGCAGAUGGCCCUGGUUCCUCCUGCCUACAGUGCUGUUUCAUCACCUCCUCAGCCCUCUCCGUACCCCGGUUCUGGACCAGGAGACAGGGCAGCUCCUGAUACAAUGGCUUCUCUAUCACAGAUCUUGGACUCGCAGAACUUUGAAGACUUUUCAGCCAAGCCUCUUGACUCUAUGGCGCCCCAGGACUCCUCUCUGAUCCCCGCCAACCAGGAUCAGCCUGAAUCCUCUGCCCUGGGCAGCCUGGGGCAGCAUGUGGAGCUGGCGCUCCAGCUUGAUAGCGGGGCUGGAGCCAUGUCUGCAGGGACUGCUGCAGAUGCGGAGACAAGUAUAGCAGGAGGAUUGAAUUUUGCGUCAGUGGAACCGAAGCCGGCUGCAGAGACGGAGGCGUUGCCUAUGGACGCUGAGACCCAAAGAAGGCUUUCACUUCAAGAACCACAGACACCUCUGGAUUCACAGAUACCACAAAGACAUGGCUCUGACCCGGGGGGAAGCUAAGAGAAUGGGGAGGAAAAGGGAAGAAGAGAAGUAUCCAUUGUUCCAUACGGAGACACCAGCUGGAUCUACCACCUAAACCCUUUCAGGCGCUCACUACUCACCUUUUCGGACAGAGUAAAGCCAUGAUAGGGGCCAAGGGAAGUAUUGAACCUUUCCCUCCGCCACAGUCUUUGUCUUUGAGUCUCUUCUCAAGAAACAUCCUGAGCUUUCUGAGUUUCAAAGCGGUACAACCUUUAACCAAAACCACAAGCCGAAGAGAGGCGACCUCCGUCUCUAACCCAAUCAGUCCGGUCUGGAAACCCUCAGUCAGUCGCUAAGGAUAACGCUUCUUCUCAGUCAUACUGAAAAGACAACUAAGUUAUAGAAGAAUCCCUUUACAGCUGUUUCCAGUGUUGGAUGACUGAAGAGAACAAGACAACAUCGGACAAAAUAAUGACAAACAAAAAAGUAGCCAUUUCUUGCACUGAAAACCUUGAUACGAUGAUUAUUCUUUCUAUAUAUGUCCAAGGCGCUUCCGAUAAACUCACUGACUGGUUGUUUGAAUUGUAGUGUUAGCUGGCCUAACAGGAAUCCUGCUGUCCCAUUCUGUCAUUGGUUCCGUCCCCUUGAUGUCCCGCCCUCUGCCCCCCAAGAGGUGGAGCUAAUGUUCUAAUUUAUACUCUGAUCGAGAGCACACUGGAUUGGCUGGUCCACACCUCAGGGGGUGGGAACUGGAGGGUUACAAGCCAUGAAUUCUCUUGAAGAACAUAUCAGCUGCCCUAUCGUAAACAUUGUACCCAUUUGCUAGAGAGCUGAACACGCGUGGCAUGCUUGGGUUGUGUCAGCAACAGGUAAACUGGCAAACUUACGCGGUUUCCAUAAGAGCAGUAUACCAAAACAGCUCCCUAAAGACUUCAUCAAGCAACUCCAUGAACUUCAGUAUGAGCUGUGGCCUUAACAAGGUCACCUGAUCAUCACCGUACGAGAAGUGACGAAGUCAGCAGCGAUUUCUGAUGCCCGGUUAAAAGCUCAUGCAUAGAGGAAUUCUAGUUUAUCAUUGUUGAAUUUGCUACCUCAGAUUUUAUUGCUCUUUACUUUUUUGUUUUCACCUCAAGCACGCAAACCCUGAAUAUUUCUACCUUGUACAUAAGUAAGUAUACGAGUUUGCCAGUUUACAACGACCAGCCGAAUGCGCCAUUAUUCAAUGUACAGUACAAUAUGCAAACACUGGCUAGAAGAAGACGAUUGCGUGUGCGGUACUGCUGUGUGUGGGCUUGGGUCCGGUCGCAGGCUUUCGGUGUGCGUUUGUUUUCGUCUCAUGCAGAGUUUGCUGUGUUUGCUUCAACACAUGGUAGAGGCUCACUGGAUUCUCUUGUUGGUUAUUUAUUCCCCCCAGACAAAGACAGAUGAAUGAUGCCUUGUUGAAAAAGACAAAUGAAAGGUUUGGUAUGUGAAAUACAAACCCCUUCAAUGUUGCUUUGCAGAACACACGUCUCGGUUACGGUGGUCUGCCUGCUUUGGCACCAUUUUACAUGGUGGGUUGAGAGGUGUGGUCAACAUCUGUAUGCUGCUUUUUUCCUCAUUUUGCAUCUCUAGAUACCACUUACUUUAUUUUGGAGCCUAAUGUUCUUGAGCAUGCACCCUAUUUUUACAUACAAAGUGAAAGUUUUCACAAAUCACAAGUAUGCUUUAAAGAAUCUGUAAUUUGUGUAGAAUAUUCCAUUCCCUGCUUAUGGGGAACUGGUUGUAAAGUUACUGCUGUCAAAAAUGAACAGCAGUAACUUUGGUUAUUUAGCCUAUUAUAAGAUAAACUUUUAAACUAAAUAUCUAGUUAACAAGCUAAAUGCAUACAAGCAAAAAUCUUUAGCUCAAAGCCAAAUAUUCAGCUUAAAACUAAAUAUUUAGCUCCAAACUAUUUAAUUUCAAGCUAGCAAGCUAAAUAUUCAGCUACAAACUAAAUUCUUUGUUAGUGAGCAAAAUAUUUAAUUUGUAGCUAAAUACAUAGCUUAGAGCUAAUAUACAAAUUCACUUGCCGAUUUGCUAAUUAAAUACUUAGGUUGAAAUGGUGAUAUUUUUAAAUGAACAAAUAACAUGGUGAAAAUAUGACUUAAAAAAUAUGAAACCCCCAUUUUUUGCCUCUCAUGACAGGCUAAAUAACCAAAAUAAUUGCUGUUCAUUUUUGACUGUGUACCUCUACAGAUUCUACCUUUUGGCUGCUUGCUAAGUCCAUACACUGCAGUUUCAGGUUUUCUCUUCAAAUUAAUUAAAAACUGGGCAGUUCAGCACCAUUAGCCAUCCCGGAAGUUGAUACUAGACUUAGCACAUGCUAAUGGCUAAUGUUUAACCAGUUAUUUUCUCAUAGUUCUAAGAAAUCACUUGUAUGUGGUCUGUCACUUUUUCGCCAUUUCUUUUCUUGACUUUGUAUCCAGAACGUUCUAACAUAAACUCUAAAUGUGGAGGGAAUUGCUCUGUUUAAUGAAGCAAGUGUUGUCAGCUAGCCUGACAAGAAAUCUGUGUUGAAACAGUAGAGCAACAUGAGGACUACUUCCUUUUUUUCAAAAUAAGUCUCAGCAACUAUUGACCUUUUGCAACUUUGUCAACGUAUCACAUUGAGGAGAAUGAAGAAAAGCGGAAGUGAGGAUGGGAGUAUUGAGCUGAUUGUUUUCUCUUAAGUUAAUUUGUCUGUAGAAGUAUCACACCUAGUUGGGCCUCAUAGAGUGUUAUUUACAAAAGUUGAAUAUCUGGCUUAGAAACCGACUCAUAUUUUCUCCCUCCUGACGUAUUUAUUGAUUUGAUAAAAACGCAGACUUUGCCUGAAUUCACGCCCCAUACCACUAUGUCAUAAACUGCAUUUCCCAGAUUGUACAAAAAGUCUAGAUGCUAACAAGGUUUUUUGGACAUGGUAGGCUACCUGAUGGUGAGGCAUUCUCUUCACGCUUACUAAUGGUUAGACACAUACCUUCUUCAAAAUGCAAUAUUAGAUAACAUCUUACUAAUAUUACCUCAUCUUUAUUAAGUGUAUAAACGUUAAUCUUCUUACCUCAUAAAAAGUGUUCACUACAAAUCCACAGAUAAAACAAGGACUGCCAGUCCUUAUGAUUGAUGGUUGCUAUCUAUUACUAGUCUAUAUUAUCAGGCUACCAACUGUCUGUUUUUGACAAUCUUUACAGGAAUUAACAAGCUCAUUGGUUGUUUGACAUCCGUCAUGGUGGAGCGGGUCGCUUUCUGAACAGGGUGACGUCACAUGCAAAGGGUCAAUAACACUAACCUUCAUACCUGGGUGCCAAAAGAAGCCACCCGAGGCCAGUACCUGUAUACACAAAC